CGAUCAAAGUUGAGUUGCAUCGCGAUGUGUUUGGUCAAACUGUAGAUGUGCCUAUACAUAUGGCACUAGAAGAUAUUGAGUUUGUUUGCACGUCUCAGAAACUUACGAACAAUGCUAUAGUCUUAUUCAUCCGAUUUUUGUAUGAAAAAUUGGAUGGCGAUGCACGCAAAACCAAGUUCGGAUUUAUGAAUCCAGCGGCAGUUCACUUUUCAGUCAAUAAAACAGAACUCGUGAAAAGUGUAUUAAAUAGACUGAAAGAUUCAGUGCCGAGUCGAAAAUACAUAUUUAUUCCUUGUAAUACAGGAAUUCAUUGGGUACUAAUUGUAUUUUUCGAUGGGGUAUUUUAUUACUUAAAUUCGUUGGAUGAGAAGUGUAGAUACAAACUAGAGGAGCAAAUGAGCACUGUUUCAAAAGCUUUAAGAAAAUUAGGUGUCAAACGAUCUGAAGAGAAAGUAUUCUGGGUGGACGUGAAGCACAACCCUAAACAAAAAGGAGAUUGGGAGUGUGGAUUUUUUUGAUGCUAUAUAUGAAGCACAUUAUAGAAAGUUAUGACACUUCAAUGAGGAACCCUAAGGAGAUGUUUAAGUCGGGGAUGAACUAUGGUACGACAGAAAUUGAUGAAAUCAAAAGGGAGUGGAUGGAUUAUAUUUCACCAAUUCUUGAGAAGUAUGAGAAAACAAUUUGAUGUUUUUCACCAAUUCUUAAGAAGUAUUGAGAAAAAAAUUGUUGUUUAGUUUGAAUUAAUUAAUUUAAUGACGUUUUAAAUACUGUCUUCCCUAGCUCCUUAUUUUAGUUUGAACUUUAAAGGAUUGGUGCAGCUAUGAUGCAAAUGGUGUU